CCGCGUGGGCGGGCUGCGCGGAACUAUAAGGCGGCCCCUGGGCAGCGAUCGGCGCGGGGCCAUGUGCACCCCGGGGCUGCUCCGUCGCCUUCUCCUCCUCCUCCUUCUCCUCCUCCUCCCCCCGCUGCUGGCAGCCGCCCCCGGAGCUGGAGCGGCCCCGCCGGGACGGACCCGCGUCCGCCGCGGGCUCACCUACCCCGGGACCCUGUGGUGUGGAGCGGGGAGCAACGCGGAUGCCUACGAGCAGCUGGGGGAGCACCGGGACACGGAUCGGUGCUGCCGGGACCAUGACCACUGCCAGCACGUCAUCCACCCCUUCACCGCCCGCUACGGGUACCGCAACCUGCGCUGGCACACCAUCAGCCACUGCGACUGCGACCACAGGUUGAAGGAGUGCCUGCAGCGAGUGAACGACACGGCCUCACGAGUGGUGGGCCAGGCCUUCUUCAACGUCAUCCAGGUGCCCUGCUUUGAGUUCACCUACAAGGAGGAGUGCGUAGAGCCCUACCUCUACAUCUGGUGCAAAUCGUACAACACGGUGGCCAUUGCCGUGCCCAGGGAGCCAGUGCUGUAUGAGUUCGGUGGGGAGCUCAUCGACCGGGCAGCAAGGCCCAGGGGGGUCCUUCUGAGCCCCCCAUGGAGCAGCACAGGUGAAGGAGACAACCCAUUGGAGCAUCAUCUAGGGGAGGCUGACCAGAAGCACUUGGAAGGAACAAAGACUCUGCUUCCAUAG